AGUGAGAUAUAUCUUUCUUCUAAAACAUCAUUGUGUUUUGUAUGUAAGUAUGAUAGGUAAGCUCAGGCGGCCACCCUAGAUCGUCUAUGCUGCCACAUUUUGUCCUCCGUCGUUCCUUCUUCUCCCUCCCACCUCGCCGCCUCUCAAUCGCACCCUCCCAACAUGAAUCCCUUUGUCUCCUUCCCUCCGAUUCCACCUCCAUCUCUCCACCGGCCUCCGUCCACCCCCUCGCCGUCGGCGAUCUCAAGCAACGCGCCUUAGCGGCAAUCUCCCUCCUCAAAUCGGAGACCGAUCCCUCUAGAAUCCUCACAAUCUGCCGCUCCGCAUAUAUCUCCCCCGACCACCAUCUCGGCCGCGCGGCUCUUUCCGUCGCCGUUUCCUCCCUUUCUUCGUCCCCCCGCCACCUACGCUCCUUCCUCGCGCCUCUCCUACACUCGGGUCACCAUCUUCCCCACGCCAUCUCUCUCUUCGGCCAAGCCGGUCUCCUCGACGACGCCAUCGCCGCCUUCCGCUUGUACCCUUCUCUCCGCUCUCUCAAUUCCCUCCUCUUCGCUUGCAUCCUUUCCAAUAAACACCGCCGAGCCGGUGAAUUCUUCCGCGACUUCCCUGUUUCGUACCGUAUUAAACCAAAUAUUGUCACCUACAACACUGUCACAAAGGCCUUCUGCGAGUCCGGAGGAUCCAGAGCGUUUUAUUCAUAUUUGGAUGAAAUGGUCCGCAAAGGAAUCAAGCCGAAUCUAACUACAUUCAGCAUCGCUCUCGCGGGGUUUUACCGCGAAGAGCGGAGUGAUGACGUGAAGAAGGUUCUUUGGCUAAUGAAAAAGCAUGGCCGGCAUGCAGGGUUGUCUAUAUAUAAUAUUAGAAUUCAGAGCUUAUGCAAGCUUGGGCGACCGGAUGAGGCGAAGGAGUUGUUGAGGGAGAUGAGAGUUAGGCGUAGGAAGCCGAAUUGUGAGACUUAUGAUCAUUUGGUGUUAGGGUAUUGUUGCAUAGGAAAUUUGGAUGAGGCAAAGAAGGUGUUUAAGGAGAUGGGCAGGAGAGGGAUUGCUCCACAGAGUAGUUGUUAUUUUACUUUGGUACAUUAUCUUUGUAAAGGUGGGGAUUUCGCUUCGGCUUUUGAGGUGUGCAGGGAGAGCAUGGAAAGGAACUGGGUGCCACGGUUUUCUACGAUGAAGGUACUUGUGGAUGGGCUUGUAAGUACUUCACAGGUCAGCGAGGCUAGGGAGAUUCUUGGAAUGGUGAAGGGGAAAUUCUCGAGAAAUGCCGAGUUGUGGGAGAAGAUUAAUGAAAGCUUGCCUAUAUAGCCUUUGUGAAAUUGUUGAGUUUGCUUCUCUUGUGCAUCAUAAGAGUUUGCCAGCGUGAGAGAUGUUUGGGAAAAUAAUGAUGCGAAACAUUUUAUACCUACCUCAAUGUUGCUUCUCGUGAAGCCCCAUGGAAGGCCAACACGACUCACACUGCUUUCUGUAGGUCAUUUUAUUGGCAGAGCUGAUGCCGUGCAGGCUCCUUAUCUAGGCAGAAGACGCCAUUGGAGGCCUCCAACUUAGCUUAACCUGAUCCAGCCAAAUUUUUCAUUGCAGAGGAUUUAAUAGUUUAGUUUGUAUAUAAUCAUGUAGAACUCAUGAAGUUCAAUUACAUUGAAAUAAAAAGAUAAAUAUUAUUCGCGUCCGACUUCUCAUGUUGUUUUAUUUGGCAGCAAUGUAGCUCUACAAAA